UUGGUAUCCAACGAAAAUUAACAUGAUUAAUGUAAUAAAAUAUGCAAGCAUGUCCUCCCCCCUUUUUUAUAUUUGUUUUGUGUCUUGUGUGAACUAAUGAGCAUACUAUAAAAAAUGCAAAAUAAAUGCAUGACUGAUAUUAUGCAUGUUUCUUUUUUUAAUAGCUAAGGCAUGGAUGAGAUUGUCCUUCCAGCUCUAAUGGUCAUCUUCCCAAUAUUGGCAGUAGUAUUGUCUGUAAUCUUAACACUUGUUGUCCGGCAUACAAUUGUCAAGUUGAAAAACGUUGACAGACUCAGAAUACGGGUUUUAGACAUUUCAAGUAGGACACACAACAACAAUGAUAGAAGGAGAAGGAGACCGUAGAAGUAGCUGCAGCUCUGGGAACGAGGAAGACAUGUUUGGAGUAAAGCUUAUGAAGGACAAAGUAGAGGCUAUGGCCUAUAAAAAACCAAAACCUGGGACUUUCAGCAAAUACCAAACUGAGGACAGAUUAAUAAAAACAGAAAGAAUGAAGAAGACUAGACUGAUCAAAGAGCUCACCAGAAUUGGUGGAAAGUUACAAACACAUGAGAAAGAACCUGUGGAGUGUCUUUUUAUUAUUAAGAACAAAGCUACAAACAGGUUUAAAUAUGUGGGCUUUGGAGAUGUGUGUGACAAUUUUGAGAAUGGCUUGCCAUUAACCAAACAGAUUUCAAAGUGCCGAAAAUAUACUUUUCCGGAACAAGGUUAUUUUCCAAAAACAGACGAAGUAGACAAAAAAAUUGAACAGCUGACACCAAAUAAGUAUUCAUUUGGGUUUAUUGCCACACAAAAUCUACCAACAACAUCUAGCAGUAGCAACAUGACUCUCUGUGACUUGCAGAAGAAAAGAAUCAAUGCCAUGCAAAUAAAUGAAACAGUAAACAUUAAAAGAAAGAGGGAACUGUUUAGCCAGAAGGCCAGAGAAACAGGAGCGAGGGGAGGAGGGAGGGGAGGAGGGAGGCAACAAUUUAAAGAGUAA